AUGCGUGGCUCAUUACAACCGUUGGAUUUAGCUAUUCAGAUUCCCUACCACUUCAGGUGCCCAAUCUCUCUGGAGCUUAUGAGAGACCCUGUUACCGUCUCCACCGGUCAAACCUACGACCGUAACAGCAUCGAGUCAUGGGUGAACACCGGCAACACUACGUGUCCGGUCACCAGGGUCAAUCUCACCGAUUUCACGUUCAUUCCUAAUCACACUCUUCGCCGUUUGAUUCAAGAAUGGUGCGUCGCGAACCGGGCCUUCGGUGUUCAGCGUAUUCCUACUCCCAAACAGCCUGCAGAUUCUGCACUGGUUCGUUCUUUGCUUAUCCAGUGUUCUUCCCAUUCUGCCCCUACUCAAAUGAGGCUUAACUCGCUUCGUCGACUCAGGUCACUCGCUCGUGACUCGGAUUAUAAUCGUUCUUUGAUUGGUUCUCUCAACGUUCGUCAUGUUUUGUUACCUAUUGUUUUCGACUAUAACGGUUUAGAUGAGAUGAAAUAUGACUCACUCGCUUUGCUUGUUCUUUUUCCACUCAGUGAGUCGGAAUGCAGUUCAGUUGCUUCCGAUUCUGAUAAGAUUAACUAUCUAACGAGUCUGCUUACAAAUUCUUUGUUUGAUGUCCGAGUCAACUCGGCGGCGCUCAUUGAGAUCGUCGUCGCGGGAACUCACUCGGCGGAGAUUAGAUCUCAGGUGAGCAAUGUCGACGGGAUCUACGACGGCGUGGUUGAGAUACUUAAAAAUCCAAUCUCGUAUCCGCGCGCGCUUAAGAUUGGGAUCAAGGCCUUGUUCGCACUCUGCCUUGUGAAACAGACGCGUCACCGUGCUGUGGCUGCCGGUGCGCCUGCGGUACUUGUUGAUAGGCUCGCUGAUUUCGAGAAGUGUGAUGCGGAGAGAGCGUUGGCGACUGUCGAGUUGUUGUGCCGUGUACCGGAUGGUUGCGCGGCUUUUGCUUCUCACGCGCUUACGGUGCCGAUGCUUGUGAAGAUAAUACUCAAGAUUUCGGAUCGGGCGACGGAGUACGCUGCCGGAGCGCUAAUGGCGCUGUGUUCGGAAUCGGAACGGUGUCAGAGAGAAGCGGUUACGGCAGGGGUGCUGACUCAGCUUUUACUUCUGGUACAGAGUGAUUGCACGGAGAGAGCGAAGAGGAAGGCGCAACUGUUGCUGAAGCUACUUCGGGAUUCGUGGCCUCAAGAUUCCGUCGGAAAUUCCGACGAUUUUGCAUGCAGUCAUUUUGACUGA